UUGGCUCAGGGCUCUUUGCAUCCGUCGAACACUUUGGCCCUCCGAAACCCUUGAGAAGAUGGCGCGCGGAAUCAUCAAGCACCUGAAGCGCAUGUAUGCGCCGAAGCACUGGAUGCUCGACAAGCUCCGCGGGCGAUGGGCGCCCAAGCCAAACGCCGGUCCUCACAAGCUCCGCGAGUGCAUGCCACUCAUCGUUAUGCUGCGACAACGCCUCAAGUAUGCCCUGACCUACCACGAGGUGAAGAUGAUUGUCAUGCAGCGCCUCAUCAAGGUCGACGGCAAGGUCCGCACCGACAUGUUCUACCCUGCGGGCUUCAUGGACGUGGUCCAGAUCGAGAAAACCAAGGAGAACUUCCGCCUGCUUUACAACACCAAGGGCCGAUUCAUGCUCCACAAGGUCACCAAGGAGGAGGCCGGCUACAAGCUCUGCCGCGUGAAGAAGGUGAUGCGAGGCCUGCGCGGCGUUCCUUACGCCGUGACCCACGACGGCCGCACCAUCCGCUACCCGGACCCGGACGUCAAGGCGCAUGACACUGUUCGGCUGGAUCUUGAGACGGGCAAGAUUCUGGCGCAUGUGAAGUUCGAGCCUGGCAACGUCGUGACCAUCAGCGGCGGGAACAACAUUGGCCGUGUGGGAGUCAUCACGCACCGUGAGAAGCACCCGGGCUCCUUCGAGAUGGUUCACGUGAAGGACUCGGCCGGCCACAGCUUCAACACGCGGCUGGAGAACGUCUUCGUCAUUGGCGAGGGCAACAAGCCUUGGAUCUCCCUGCCCAAGGGCAAUGGCAUCAAGCUGAGCAUCGUGGAGGAUCGCGCCCAGAGGAUGCAGCGAAAGUAGACGGAAGCAGACGCGCGAGCGGCACACGUGAGCAGGUGGUUUCUGCAGCGCUCGGGUUGCAAAGCUCUUGACGGAAA